UCCACACCCACCUAUAAAAUGAAAGAGCCUCUCUCCCAUCUCUCUUCUACUUCAAAACCAAACAAAAAUUACAAGAAAGCUGCUAUUUAAGAAAAAUCAAUGUCAAUGGCACUACAAGCUUCUCUCCUCCCUUCUCUUUCCAUCCACAGAGAGGUGAAAUCGAAUGCAAUGGUUAAGGACACAGCUUUCUUGGGAGUAUCGCUUUCCGAUCAACCCGACUUCAAUCCUCUUAUCAUGAAGAGCAAGAGGGAGUUUAGCCAAAGGAAGUUAGCUAGAGUGAGAGCAGAAACGGCAGUCACAACUCCAGCAAUCACCAGGUCUGCACCAGAAGGGAAGAAAACCCUGAGGAAAGGGAGUGUAAUAAUCACUGGAGCAUCAUCGGGUUUGGGUCUCGCGACCGCCAAGGCUCUAUCAGAAACAGGGAAAUGGCAUGUCAUAAUGGCCUGCAGGGACUUCCUCAAGGCUGAGAGGGCAGCUAAAUCAGUCGGCAUGUCCAAAGAGAGCUACACCAUAAUGCACCUCGACCUCGCCUCUCUUGACAGUGUGCGGCAGUUCGUCGACAACUUCAAACGGUCAGAAAUGCCGCUGGAUGUGCUGGUGUGCAAUGCUGCAGUCUAUCUACCCACUGCCAAGGAGCCCACUUUCACUGCUGAAGGGUUCGAACUGAGCGUAGGGACUAACCAUCUUGGCCACUUCCUCCUCUCUCAUUUGCUGCUCGACGACAUGAAGAAUUCCGACUACCCAUCAAAGCGUCUCAUCAUUGUUGGAUCAAUAACAGGGAACACAAAUACCUUGGCGGGGAAUGUUCCUCCAAAGGCAAACCUGGGUGACCUGAGGGGACUUGCUGGUGGUUUGAAUGGGCUAAACAGCUCAACCAUGAUCGACGGAGGGGAUUUUGAUGGAGCCAAGGCCUACAAGGACAGCAAAGUAUGCAACAUGCUCACAAUGCAGGAAUUCCAUAGGCGUUACCAUGAAGAUACAGGCAUCACGUUCGCUUCCCUUUACCCUGGCUGUAUUGCCACCACUGGCUUGUUUAGGGAGCACAUCCCACUGUUCAGGCUCCUUUUCCCUCCAUUCCAGAAGUACAUCACAAAGGGCUACGUCUCUGAAGAAGAGGCUGGCAAAAGACUAGCACAGGUGGUGAGCGAUCCGAGCCUCACGAAAUCAGGUGUUUACUGGAGCUGGAACAAGAAUUCCUCAUCGUUUGAGAAUCAGCUAUCACAGGAAGCAAGUGACGCUGAGAAAGCUAGGAAAGUGUGGGAGGUCAGUGAGAAGCUUGUCGGGCUAGCUUGAAGGAGCAUUUGGCCACAACAGAGGGGAUCCUCUGGCUUUGUAUUCAGUUUCAUCUUUUUGGAAAAAUAAGUUCAUGUAUCAAGACAGUAAAUGCUUCUUAUCAAUCUCACGGAUAUUCAAGUGGCAUUGCCACAAUUUUGUAAAAAUCUUUGGAAAAAAGAAAAAAGAACUUGACUUGGCAUGCA